AUGCGUCGCCAUAGAAAAGACCCUUCUAACGAGAGUGACAGCGAGGAAGAUAUACCGCUUCAUCACAAACGUGCUUUCGGUUCAGGACUGAAGCGCACGCGGGUCGAGUUUGUCCCUGCCCGUAACCCUGAUGCGGGUAUCAUAGCGAAGACAACUCCAGCAAAGUCAACAGACACUUCUAUUGGCGAUCUAUAUGCGAGCAUCGUUUUAAAACCUGAGCUCGAGAAACAAGCCGACGGAAAUUCAACAGAAGAGCCCGCAGAGGCAAAGCAAAUAUGUCCAGACUGCAAACUACCUAUCACAUCCACCUCACAGCCACAUGAAGCAUCUUUGGCCCACCAGGUAUCACUGAAACACUCACAUCCCCCAUCAGCACUCGACCGCUCCCGAAUGGGCUUACGCGCUCUUCAAUCACAGGGCUGGGACCCGGAUGCGCAUCAAGGCCUGGGUAAGGAGGGCGAGGGCAUGAGAUAUCCCAUCAAAGUGAAGGCUAAAGAAGACAAACUCGGAGUCGGGGCAACUAUACCAAAAGGGAAACAGGAGGAAAAGAAGAAAAAAAGGCCUAGGCAGCUAUUUCGACAUGAGCUGAAGCAGGUGAAAGUCAACGAACGACAACAGCAUGAACGACUCCAGGGUCAGAUCUUUGGAAGGGUUGACGUGGAGAGUUAUCUAAAAGGGAAUGGUAACGACGGUUAA